AUAGACGUCAAGCCAAACUUGUUUUUGGAAUUUUUUUUUUAUGUAAAAUCGAAAAUCGUUGAUAAUACCACAUAAAACUAUUAGAAUAUUUAUUUAUAAAUUCAAGUGUAACUAAAUGGAAGUGGAAGUAAAACAAGAAAUUAGCGAAGAAGCGUGUAAAAUAGAGUAUGAUGAUUUGGAUGAUGCUCUUCUGGAGGGGCUUAAAUGUGAAAUUCAGGAGUCCAAAAAGGAAAGAACUUCUGGCACAUAUGAUUCUUUAGACUUGAAGAAAUCUCCCAUUAAUACUGAAAUAGAGUAUGGAAAUACACUUAACCCAUUUAAAGAAAGCGAAAAAACAAACAAAGGUUAUCUCAAAGAUGAAAUCAAAAUGGAAAUUAUGGAGAAAGUCAUUGAAGAUUCAUCUUACGAAGGAAGUGAGAUGAGUGGACACACUGAAGGGAAAACUUUAAAUAAAAAUAUAGAAAUUGUGACUGGAAAUAGACCAUAUGAAUGUAAAAUUUGUUCGAAGCAGUUCUCUUAUAAAUGUCUUUUGAAAAUACAUACAAGAGUUCAUACUGGGGAAAAACUAUACAAGUGUGAAAUUUGUUUUAAACAGUUUAGUCGAGCAGGUUAUUUGAAAACACAUCUGAGAGUGCACACUGGACAAAAAAGUUACAACUGUGAGAUUUGUUUAAAACAGUUUAUUACUACAAGUAAUUUAAAAGUACAUUUGAGAACACAUACUGGAGAAAAACCGCACAAGUGUGAAAUUUGUUUUAAACAGUUUGCUAGACCAGAUUCUUUGAAAACACAUUUGAGACUGCAUACUGGAGAAAAACCUCACAAGUGUGAGAUUUGUUUGAAACAGUUUAGUGGAACAGAUCGUUUGAAAAUACAUCUGAGAGUGCACACUGGAGAAAAACGUUACAACUGUGAGAUUUGUUUAAAACAGUUUAGUACUACAAGUAAUUUGAAAACACAUUUGAGAUUGCAUACUGGAGAAAACCCAUACAAGUGUGAAAUUUGUUUUAAACAGUUUAAUCAAGCAGAUUCUUUGAAAACACAUUUUAGAAUUCACACUGGAGAAAAACCUCACAAGUGUGAAAUAUGUUUUAAACAGUUUAGUGGAGCAAGUCGUUUGAAGACGCAUUUGAGAGUGCACACUGGAGAAAAACGUUACAACUGUGAGAUUUGCUUAAAACAGUUUAUUACUACAAGUAAUUUGAAAGUGCAUUUGAGAACACAUACUGGAGAAAAACCAUACAAGUGUGAAAUUUGUUUUAAACAGUUUAGCCAAGCAAGUGAUUUGAAAACACAUUUGAGAGUGCAUUCUGGAGAAAAACCCUACAAGUGUGAAAUUUGUUUUAAACAGUUUAGUAUACAAAGUACUUUGAAAAAACAUAUGAGACUGCAUACUGGAGAAAAACCACACAAGUGUGAAAUUUGUUUUAAACAGUUUAGUCAAGCAAGUGAUUUGAAAAUACAUAUAAGAGUUCAUACUGAAACUGUCUUUUGAAAACACAUUUAAGAAAGCACACUGGAGAAAAACGUUACAACUGUGAGAUUUGCUUAAAACAGUUUAUUACUAUAAGUAAUUUUAAAGUACAUUUGAGAACACAUACUUUUUUUGUGUGAGAGUGGAAUCUUCUAAAGACCGUACCAGGUGAAUCAUACCUGGCGUGUGUUGGAUUCAGAGUAAACUGAGUAUAUCCGAAUGCAGUUCCACCUCUGGGAUCUUGCCUCCGGAUACAUCCGCGUUACAAUGCCUACCAACUAAAGCCACUCUCGGCUCACGCGCGUGGCACGUCUUUCCAGACCGUUCUCUCGAGCGCACAGCCUCACUUUCUCAAUUCUUCUUUUUCUCUCUAUUGCUUUUGUUGCUUAUGUUUACCCCUUUUGUCUCUCUCUUUUUAUAAUCUCUUAUCUUUUAAUGAUUUUUGUCACAGCCUCUAGCACUUCUUUGAUCUCGCAUUUCCCACUUGUCACUAUGGCCAUAAAAUUGUUUGCUCCUGUUAUUCCAACUUUUGCAAAUUAAUAGCUCCGAUCUUUCGUCAUUAAACGUUCUGCAUUCGAACACACAGUGUUCUGCUGUGUCCACUGCUUACUCCACAAUCCACACAACUAUCAUCUAUUGCCAUGCCUAUCCUCUCAAGGUAUGCUCCAAAUGAUCCGUGUCCCAUAAGGAAAUGCAUGAAAAAGUAGUUCGUACUUUUAUAUUUGCACUUUACCCACUCCUCCACGACAGGGAUCAGAGUCCUUGUCCAUGCAGCUCUCCGCUCGCUUUCCCACUCUUCCUACUUUGUAAUGUUUUCUCUCCUUUCUUCUGUCUUCUCCUGGUUAUUCUUGUCGUAUGUUUUGGCUCUGUCUUACACCUGCAGGUGUAUUGGUGGUAUGGUUCUUCUCAGAGGCAUUUUUCAGUGCGACACAAGUGACAGAAAAAGAGGCACGUCCGUGACACAUACACAUUUAUAACAUUUAUUCCAGUUGUUGAUAGAUGGCGCUAUAAUCGGAAAAGAAAUGUUUUAAGUAUUUACCCAUUAUUUACCUAUUACAUACAGUCGGAAAAAUGAAAUAUUACCUAUGAACGAUCAUAUCAAUCACAUAUUAUUCAGAUUAUUAAUCAUCUCUCUCUCUCGUUUUGCUAUUUAUGAAAAGAGACAUCAAAUACGAAAUAUGCGAUUGAUGUGAUCGUUCAUGGGUAAUCUUUCAUUUUUCCGACUGUACCUAUACGACUAUAAUUCAAAGUUCUUCUCAGUCUUUCAGUGUGUCAUUAAUGACGUAAUUAUGAUUUUAAGAAUGUAGAGAAUAGAGGGCUUUCUCUAAAAUGUGUUUGUACUUUUUUUUUGUUUACUUGAUGCCACUGGUGCCGCAUAUAGGAUUGUGGAGUGUACCACUUCUUUUCCUUGUACUGGGCCUAUUAUAUUAGGCAUAUAUUAUAGGCAAUAUAUUAGGCAUAAUUAUUGCCAAUGCUGUUGCUUUCAGUUCUGACUUGUGUGCAGCAUAUUUGACAUGUUCGCCAAAUAUCGGCUUACUGUCCAGCAUCACUCCCAAAUAUCUAACCUUCUUGACCGGCGUUAUUCUUUCUCCUUUGAGGGUGAAGGAGAUGUGUUUGAGAACACAUACUGGAGAAAAACCUUAUAAGUGUGAAAUGUGUUUUAAACAGUUAGUGGAACAGAUCAUUUGAAAAUACAUCUGAGAGUGCACACUGGAGAAAAAAAAUUUGAAAAAUUAGUUCGAUUCCAUUCGUAUGUAAUUUUAUUUAAUAUAUCUGUGGUAUUAAGGCAAAAUCCGAUAUGUCAAAAAUGAUCUAUUUUUCGUUUUUAAUGCCAAUAUGUGUUACAUCAUGCUACACUAUGUUGUGUUAUUAUUUCAUUAUUUAGACUACAUCGGAGAUGAUCAACACCCACGUUUAUAAUAGUAUAGUAUAGUUGAUCCAAAAGAUGGCAUAACCCAGACAUCCAAAAUGAAAGUUAUCCUUCAACACCAAAUUGUUCUAUAUGGUCCACACAAUGUCCAGCAAAAAGUCACACCAUUUUGAGCGUCGGGUUUGGGGGGGAGAGGGGGGAGAAAUCGGUAAAUUCGUAGUUUUUUAAGUUUUUCGCCAAUAUUUCUAAAACUAUGCGGUUUAGCAUGAACGACCCUCUAUAGAAAAUUGUUCUACAUUAAAUUUGAAAUAAAAAAGGCCCUAUGCAUAGGGUUACCAUACGUCCGGAUUUCGUCCGGACAGUCCGGAUUUGAAAGACAUGUCCGGAUUGGCGUCCGGAUAUGAGAGAUGUCCGGAUUUUUUUCUUUACUAAAAAAAAAUGGAAAACACUUGGCCCAACGAUGGGAAAUUUGAUUCUGCGCAGCACCUAGUUAAGUUGGUUGCACAACAGCGCAUGAACACGAGCAGACAACAAUCGUAAUGUAAUAUUAUUUUCUAGGUCAAAUGUGUUAAAACAUAGGUGUAUAUGUAUUUUAAACUGGCAGAGAUUUUCGAUGUUAGUUGCAUAUUGUAGCGAACCAGCUGUACUUUUAAUUGUGCCAUAUGCAUUUCGCAUAUAUGUACAAUGUAGAAAUGGCAACACAGUCAAAUUCACAUUUUACAUUUUUUACAUUUUACAUUUGGCCUUAAUAAAUUAUGGUAACCCUACCUAUGCAUAAUCUUUCUAAAAUGAAUGGUUCCAAAGUUACGGAGGUAGUAUAGUAUAACUGGUCCAAAAAAAGGCCUAACCCAAACAUCCAAAGUAAAAGUUUUCCUCCAACACCAAAAUGUUCUAUAUGGUCCACAUAUUGUUCAGUAAAAAGUUACACCAUUUUGAGCGUCCGGUUUGGGAGGGAGAUGGGAGAGAAGCCGGUAAAUUAGUAGUUUUUUAUACGUUUUUCGUCAAUAUUUUUAAAUCUAUGCUUUAGCGUAAACAAUGUUAUAUACAAAAAUGUUCUACAUGAAAUUUAAAAGAAAAAAUAUUGUAUACAUAAUUGUUAUAAAAUCAACGGUUCCAGAGUUACGGAGGGUGAAAAGUCGAGGUUUUCGAUACUUUUUAUAUGUUUUGGGCAAUAUUUAUGAUAUAACUAUACCAAAAACCCAGACAUCCAAAGUGAAAGUUAACCUCCAACACCAAAUUUUUCUAUAUGGUCCACAUAAUGUUCAGAAAAAAGUCACACCAUUUUGAGCGUCGGGUUUGGGGGGGGGGGGGAGAGGGGGGAUAAAUCGGUAAAUAUAAAAAGUAUCGAAAACCUCCACUUUUCACCCUCCGUAACUCUGGAACCGUUGAUUUUAUAACAAUUAUGUAUAGAACCUUUUUUGUUUUAAAUUUUAUGUAGAACGUUUUUCUAUAGAACAUUCCUUACGCUAAAGCAUAGUUUUAGAAAUAUGUAUUGACGAAAAACGUAAAAAAACUACUAAUUUACCGACUUCUCCCCCAUCUCCCCACCCCCCAAACCAGACGCUCAAAAUGGUGUAACUUUUUACUGAACAAUAUGUGGACCAUAUAGAACAAUUUGGUGUUGAAGGAAAACUUUUACUUUUUAUGUCUGGGUUAUGCCUUUUUUGGACCAAUUAUACUAUACUACCUCCGUAACUUUAGAACCGUUCAUUUUAAAAGGGUUAUGCAUAGGGCUUUUUUUAUUUCAAAUUUAAUGUAGAACAAUUUUGUGUAGAGAGUUGUUCAUACUAAACCGCUUAGUUUUAGAAAUAUUGACGAAAGACGUAAAAAACUACGAAUUUGCACAUUUCUCCCCCUUUACCUCCAAACCCGACGCUUAAAAUGGUGUGACUUUUUUCUGAACAUUAUGUGGACCAUGUAGAACAAUUUGGUGUUGGAGGAUAACUUUCACUUUGGAUGUCUGGGUUUGGGUCUAACUAUAUUACCUAUAUUAUACCAUACUAUAAUUGUUUGGCAGUGUCAGCGAAAUAUUCAUGGACAACGAAACGUUUGAAGAAAAAAUUUGCAUUAUUAGUAUUAGUAUCGCCUGUACAUCUAACCUGUAAACAUCUAUACAUCAAUAAAUUUGUGCAUUUCCUUCAGA